GAUGGGCUGGCGAAUCGAUAUGUUAUCGAUGGGCACAGCAGGUUGUCAUCGAUGGUUUGACGCAGCAGCCGAGACGUCAAUUUGUUCUGGCGAAACAAGGCGAGCAAAAACACAAUCCCCACCAGAACAGACACACAACAGACAGCCAGAUGAGCAGCCAGGGACACCACAAGAUGCAGGGAUGCGGGGGCGGGCUGUCGGGCGGCCUGCAGAACGGCGCCGCCAGCGGCUCCGGCAAAAGCAACGGCGCCCAGGAGCAAGAGUUCACCGACGAGAUCGACCUGGGCGACCGCUUCUCGGCGGACAUGGCCCGCCUGUGCAUGAACGAGCGGUACGCGGACGUCGAGUUCAUCGUGGAGGAGCAGCGCCUGCCCGCCCACCGCGUCGUCCUGGCCGCCCGCAGCGAGUACUUCCGGGCGCUGCUCUACGGCGGCAUGGCGGAGACCACCCAGCGCCAAAUACCGCUCGAGGUGCCGCUGGAUCCGUUCAAGGUCCUCCUGCGCUACAUCUACUCGGGCACCCUGCUCCUGUCCACCCUGGACGAGGACUCUGUGAUCGAUGUGCUCGGCAUGGCCAAUCAGUACGGCUUCCAGGACCUCGAGAUGGCCAUCUCGAACUAUCUGCGCCAGUACUUGGCCCUCGGCAACGUGUGCAUGAUCCUGGACGCGGCGCGGCUCUACAACCUCGAGGAGCUCACCCAGGUGUGCCUCAUGUUCAUGGACCGCAAUGCGGCCGAUCUCCUGCAGCACGACUCCUUCAAAACGCUCUCUAAGGAAUCGCUGGAGGAGGUGCUGCGGCGCGACUGCUUCUUCGCCCCCGAGGUGCAGAUCUUCCUGGCCGUGUGGAAGUGGAGCCGCUACAAUCCCAACGUCGACAUUCGCUCCGUGGUGAGCUUCGUGCGCCUGCCGCUGAUGAACCUGGAGCACCUGCUGCAGGUGGUCCGUCCCUCGGGCAUCCUGGAGCCCGACAAAAUACUCGACGCCAUCGACGAGCGCAGCACCUCGAAGACGCUGCCCUACCGGGCGGCCCUCUGGCCGGAGGAGAACGUGGCCACGGCCAAGUUCCUGUCGCGCUGCAUCCAGGGCGAGUGCCGCACCGCCCUGCUCGACGGCGAUGUGACCACCUACGACAUGGAGCACGGCUACACGCGCCACUGCAUCACCGACAGCAACGAUGCGGGCAUUGUGGUCGAACUGGGCACGCUCUGCAUGAUCAAUCACAUCCGCAUGCUGCUCUGGGACAGCGACAGUCGGGCCUACUCGUACUUCGUCGAGGUCUCCGGCGACCAGCAGCACUGGGAGCGGGUGGUGGACUACAGCGAGUACCACUGCCGCUCCUGGCAGUAUCUCUACUUUGCGGCGCGUCCCGUGAGGUUCAUCCGCCUGGUGGGCACCCAGAACACAGUUAACCGGGUUUUCCAUGUGGUGGGCCUGGAGGCCAUGCACACGGCCAAGGUGCCGCGGCUGAUCGACCAUUUCGUGGCGCCCAAGGCGAACGUGGCCACCAUCGAGAUGAGCGCCAUUGUGACGGACGGCGUGAGUCGCACCCGCAAUGCUCUGAUCAACGGCGACUAUGUGCGCUAUGACUGGGACUCGGGCUACACGUGCCAUCAGCUGGGCAGCGGUGAGAUUGUCGUUCGUUUGGGCCAGCCGUAUCAUGUCGGCUCCAUGCGCCUGCUGCUGUGGGACUGCGACGACCGCACCUACAGCUUCUACAUCGAAACCUCGACGAACCGCAAGGACUGGCAGAUGGUGGUGGAUCGGCGCAACGACAAGGCGCGCUCCUGGCAGAACUUUCACUUUGCCCCACGUCCCGUGGUCUUUAUCCGCAUUGUGGGCACCCGGAAUACAGCAAAUGAGAUCUUCCACUGCGUCCAUUUGGAGUGUCCCACCCAGGACAAGAGUUACCUAAAGAAGAUUGCCGACAUGGAAAAGGAGCUGGAGAAGAAGGAAAAGGUGCGUGAGACGGAGAAGGCCGUCAAGCCUGAAGAUGACAAUAUAGCCUCUACCUCGGCCUCCUCGCUGGUUGUCCUCGCCGAAAGCCCCUGCUCUUCUGGCAGCAGCCAAAGCGUCCUGAAGUCCAACCACUGGCCGCCACAGACACAGUCUCCCAAGUCGGAGCAGACCAAGGAAAAGGCAGCGGCCGUCCUGCCCACCAUCUCCCCGUCCGCCACGCCUAUGCUGCCGGCUCCACUGACUCCAGCAGUCUCGUCGCCGCUCAAACAGGAGCAAAACGAACCGAGGAAGAGUCCCAAUGCAAGUCCCAAUCCCAGUCCCAGUCCGAGCAGCAAUCCAAGCCCAAGCCAAAGUAGAAGCAGAAGCCAGAGUGCCGAGCCUGAGCCAAAUCCACCAUUAGUAGAGCUAGACACCAAGGAGGCGCGCUGAUGAUAAUGUUUUGUACUUGAAAUACUCCUGUGGUCAAACUGUUUAUUCCUGGCAGAGUGUGUAGCCCCUGCUAGAUGCGCUUAGUUGUAGUUUGCAGGCCGUGCUGCCCUUGUUAUCUAGUCCUUCCCAGUGCCCCCCUUAAAACAUUCGCAUCGCUAAUUGUUUUUGCGUUCUUACCUUAAUACAUUAAAUACAUGUAUAUGUGUAUAUUCUUCUGAUUUAUUGUGAUCCAAAAUGAGAAUUCCUUUCGUUUGCAAGGCAGCAGAGUUAUUUAUUUAAGCAAUACCACUUAAUUCUAUGCACACACCCAUCGCGAAUUCGAACGAGAUUUCCGAGCAGCUGAACCAAAAUUGUAUACGAGAUCCGCUCACGGAGUCGGAAUCUGUCCAGAGUUGUGUCCUGUCCACGUCCUUAGCCGAAACAAUCCAGUUGAUCCGCAACUCGUAGUCUAGGCUCUUCGAGCGGCCCCAAAAAUAAGCUCUAUUUAUUAGGCAAAUUUUGUCAUAGUUUGUACUGCACCCAAAUAAAAGCUAACCAAAAAAAUAAGAAC